ACAGGAUUGAAUGGUAAGUUAAAUUAUCCUGAAUAAGGUAAACUUAAUUAUUUAUGCAUAAUGCUAGAAUACUAAACACAAAAUUAAUGGCAAAUAACAGUUGAGAAACCUCUGGAAAUACACUGUGAAAAUCAAAGUAUUAUUUUCAAGAACAGCAGAAAGAAACGCAGCGGACAACAUUAGGAAGACUGCUUAGAGAUUUCCGAAAAGAUUUCUCAGAACUUUGUUACUCUAAGAGCAAAGAUUUCAUAUGCAACAGCACUAAACCCUUUGCUGUAGCUGCAAGUAACUAGCUGCAGCCACAGAAGAGUAAACGGAUCGGUGACCUAAGUCGAUAGCCUCCCUGAAGAUGUCAAUGAAUAAUUCGCCAAAUGUAUUCUUGGAUCCAAAUGCAAAUCGAUUUCAAGUUAACAUAAUUAAUGAAAGCCAUGACAACAAUGAAACGUCCCAAGAGGAUGUGGGCUCUGACCCACCACAUUACGAAGAAACAUCUUUUACUGACGAAGCACAUAACAGACUGAGAAUCAGUUACAGACCAGGAAAAAGAGAAUUAUAUGACAAUUUCCUUCAAAAUGGGGAGAAAACAGAAGCUAGUUUACAUCCCUAUGAUACUCACACUAAAAUGUACUAUCUACAAACUUUUGGCCAUAACACAGUGGACCCAGUUCCCAAAAUUGAUUAUUAUAGAAACACUGGCAGCGUCAGUGGGAAUAAGCUCAGCAGACCAAGCUUAUUAGAAAUUCAUGAACAACUGGCAAAGAACAUAGCCGUGAGCACUGGCUCAGUCGAGAGAGUGGCUAAUGGAGAAAGCACCGCUGGAGAUGAGACAGCAGUCAGCAAGGAAGAAGAAAACAAAACAGGAUUUGUCAAGUUUGGAUGGGUGAAGGGUGUGCUGGUAAGAUGUAUGCUUAAUAUUUGGGGUGUGAUGCUUUUUAUUCGACUUUCCUGGAUUGUAGGUCAAGCAGGAAUUGGUCUUGGAAUCAUAGUUAUUGGUCUGAGUGUAGUAGUAACAACACUAACAGGUGUCUCCAUGUCUGCCAUUUGCACUAAUGGAGUAGUAAGAGGAGGUGGAGCAUACUAUCUUAUCUCAAGAAGUCUAGGCCCAGAGUUUGGUGGAUCUAUAGGACUUAUAUUUGCUUUUGCAAACGCAGUGGCAGUUGCUAUGUAUGUAGUUGGAUUUGCAGAAACAGUUGUAGAACUUCUUAAGGAAAGUGAUACACUGAUGGUAGAUGAGUCCAAUGACAUCAGAAUAAUAGGUACCAUAACUGUUGUAUGUCUUCUCGGCAUCUCUGUUGCUGGCAUGGAAUGGGAAGCAAAGGCUCAAGUUAUUCUUCUAUUUGUUCUCCUUGUUGCCAUUGCAAACUUCUUUAUUGGGACAGUCAUUCCUACCAAUAAUGAAAAGAAGGCAAGAGGCUUUUUUAAUUACCAAGCAUCAAUAUUUGCAGAAAACUUUGGACCAGAUUUCAGAAGUGGAGAAGGAUUUUUCUCGGUGUUUGCCAUUUUUUUCCCAGCUGCCACUGGCAUUCUUGCAGGAGCCAAUAUCUCAGGAGAUCUGAAAGAUCCACAAAGUGCGAUACCCAAAGGAACAAUGCUGGCCAUUGUGAUUACAACAAUUGCUUACAUUGCCGUUGCAAUAUGUGCAGCCUCCUGUGUUGUACGAGAUGCUACUGGGAACAUCAAUGAUACAGUUGUACCUGGAAUGAGCUGCAAUGGAUCUUCUGCCUGCAGCCUAGGCUACGAUUUUUCCAGAUGUGCAAGUCAGCCAUGUGGUUAUGGGCUGAUGAAUAAUUUUCAGGUGAUGAGCAUGGUGUCUGGCUUUGGUCCUCUCAUCACAGCUGGCAUCUUUUCUGCUACUCUGUCAUCAGCUCUGGCAUCUCUUGUCAGCGCACCCAAAGUUUUCCAGGCUCUUUGCAAGGACAACAUCUACAAAGGGCUCCACUUCUUUGCCAAAGGAUAUGGAAAAAACAACGAGCCUAUCAGGGGAUACGUUCUCACUUUCGUCAUUGCUAUGGCAUUCAUUUUGAUUGCUGAACUGAAUACCAUUGCUCCCAUCAUCUCCAAUUUCUUCCUGGCUUCAUACGCUUUGAUUAAUUUCUCCUGCUUUCAUGCCUCAUAUGCAAAAUCUCCAGGUUGGAGGCCUGCAUUCAGAUAUUAUAACAUGUGGGUGUCACUUUUUGGAGCCCUGUUGUGCUGUGGUGUCAUGUUUGUCAUCAACUGGUGGGCAGCUCUCAUCACUUAUGCCAUUGAGCUCUUUCUAUAUAUUUAUGUAACAUAUAAGAAACCAGAAGUAAAUUGGGGCUCUUCUACACAGGCUCUUUACUAUGUUAAUGCUUUAGACAGCGCUCUGGCAUUAACUACAGUGGAAGACCAUGUGAAAAACUUCAGACCCCAAUGCAUAGCAUUAACAGGAGCUCCUAUGAUCAGGCCUGCUCUGCUAGACAUCACGCAUACUUUCACCAAGAACAACGGGCUGUGCAUCUGUUGUGAAGUGUACACG